UGGGAGUUGCAAUCACGCCAACUGGUGACUAUAUUUUGAACUAGCGAAAACGGGUCGGCUGAUUAAUGUCAUAUGUAAACUGUAUGUAAACAAAUCCGUUUCUUAAAUUUUAUUAAUAAUAAACAUUAAAAAAGGACAUUACCCUAAGUUCUAUUAAUAAUAAAAAAAAUGUUUUUAUCAAUGUGCAAAGUAUUGGAUUAUUUGGAGUCUACAACGAGAAGCCGAAAUUUUAUUGAAGGCGAGCAAGUUGUCAAUGCGAAUCAUUUAAUUUAUACGGGAAUUUUGAGUGAAAAUGAAGAGCAGUAUGAAUUAUUAUCAUAUUGUAUACAAUCAUCCAAUACUCGGGGAGAUCCUCACGAAAUAACAACAGUUAUUAGUAAAACUGAUAAGGUUAUUUCCUCAGUGUGCAGCUGUACAGCUGGGAACAGUGGAACAUGUAAACAUAGUGCUGGUGUUUUGGUGUUUUGCACACGUAAUGAUUUGGCUGGCUUCAAAACGGUUUCAUCAACAGACAGGAAAUGUCUUUGGAGUGCACCUCGCAAUGCUUGUUUGGAACAAUAUAAUCCAAAGCCUUUGAGUGAACACGGCUGCUUCAAUAUAAAGAAAAAUCACAAGGAACUAAGUGAUGAUGUCAAGAAGUCAAUCAAGGAAAAACUUUUUUCGAAAAAUUUAAAAUCAGCUUUGUCAGAGCAUGCGUACGAGCGUGAAUGAUUAAUUUAUUUAUGAUUGAUUUUUUUUUUAAUGAAAAUUUUGUUGAAGUAAAUUUUCAUGAAAACAAUUUUAUGAUUCACUGUUUAUAUAAACAAUUGUUGUUUUUAAUUUAAUCAAUUUUGUAUAUAUUUGCCGAUGAAUUUAAACUUUUUUACUAUUUCGAUGGAAUAAUUUAAUCAAUUCUAAUCAUG